CUGAGCACUGCGAAAUAGUAGCCGCCGCUCCAAAAUGCUCAAAUCAACAAUCAUCGACACCCGAGUGCGCCUUGUGCCAUCGGUGACGCUUUUGGAGUUCCUCGAUGCCCAAAAGGAGCACUUCGAAAAGGUGCCCGAAAAUGUCGCCAAACUGAUGAAGAACGAAGGCUACACUUUACCUUUGAGUACACAAAUCGUCAAGGAGCAAGAGCUCAGCAUUAAACGCCCCAUUAUUGAUCAAGCACUGCUGCGUAGACUCUGCGCCGAUGGGCACGUGGAAGCAGAGCCAGCCGCCAAGUCCACUGGCAAGAAGAACAAGAAGGCAGCCAAAGGCAAGCAGUCAUCAUCCGAGGAGAUAAAUGAAGAUGCAGAACCUCCGAUGGAAUACAAGAAUGUCUUAUACCUGACUGACAUGCACUGGCUAAAUGAUACUCUGAUCCAAAUGCGCAAAGAUGGAAUCUGCAAUCUCUUUCUCUUUGAGUUGAUCGAAUCAUCGGAUCUGGUGUUGCCGAAAAAUGAGAUGAAGCCACGUAACCCGGAGCUGGAGGCACGCUGCGAACGUCUCAGAGCGGAGCAGCACAAUCGGGAGUACCACAAGAUGACCAAGAAUGUGGAUGCAGGACUGAAGCAUUAUCCAGAGGACACCAUAGCCUAUCAAAUUAAAAGUCUGAACAAGCAAAUCAUUGCUGUGUUGCAGUUCGUCUUCUCUGUGGCUGCUGGCUUCACUUUUGGUUUCUUUGGCGUCAAUUUGAUGGUUGGCCCCCUGCCCUUUGGCUUUCGCAUCCUGCUGGGCGUUAUUGUGGCCCUCAUCAUAGCCCUGGCUGAGAUGUACUUCCUGGCCAAGAAGCUGCACGAAUAUGACGAGGUCCUAGAUGCGCCCAAGCGCAUGCAGCAGACGGCUCCAAAGCCACGUCGAGAGGCGCAGAGCGGAGUGCAGGCCCUUAAGCCUCACGCUGACUAAACACUGUAUUAGUUUUUUCUUUUAUAUAUACAUAAAUAUGUGUGUAUUAUGUUGCAAUUUUAGAUUAUAUAAAUAUCUGUAAAA